AUGAUUUCAACACUAGCUACCUUUCCUCCAUUUCUGCACAAGGAUAUUAUAGAGUAUCUCAGCACAUCUUUUCUGCCUAUGGCUAUAUUGGGAUCCUCAAAAAGAGAAGGUGUUCCAGCACAUGUCAAUCUGUCUGCAUCAUCAAUGCUAAUGAUUGCAAUGCAGUACACAUCAAACCCGGUGUAUCACUGCCAAUUAUUGGAAUGCCUCAUGAAAUAUAAGCAAGAAGUAUGGAAAGAUUUGCUAUAUGUGAUAGCCUAUGGACCAUCCCAAGUUAAACCUCCAGCGGUACAAAUGUUAUUUCACUAUUGGCCCAAUUUAAAACCUCCUGGGGCAAUCAGUGAGUACAGAGGACUGCAGUACACAGCUUGGAAUCCUAUUCAUUGCCAGCACAUCGAAUGCCAUAAUGCUAUUAACAAACCAGCUGUGAAGAUGUGCAUUGACCCAUCCUUGUCUGUGGCUUUGGGUGAUAAGCCACCUCCCUUAUAUCUUUGUGAAGAAUGUAGCCAGAGAAUUGCAGGGGAACACAGUGAAUGGUUGAUUGAUGUUCUUCUACCACAAGCUGAAAUUUCUGCUAUAUGUCAGAAGAAGAACUGUAGCUCACAUGUCAGAAGAGCUGUUGUCACAUGCUUCUCUGCGGGCUGCUGUGGCCGCCAUGGCAACAGGCCAGUGCGCUAUUGCAAAAGAUGCCAUUCGAAUCAUCACAGCAGUGAAGUUGGGGCAGCCGCAGAAACCCAUCUUUAUCAGACCUCGCCACCCCCUAUCAAUACCCGGGAGUGUGGGGCAGAGGAACUUGUGUGUACCGUGGAAGCUGUGAUCAGCUUGCUGAAGGAAGCAGAGUUUCAUGCUGAGCAGAGGGAGUAUGAACUCAACCGCAGGAGGCAGAUGGGCCUCACCUCUUCCCAUCACUCCCUGGACAACACAGAUUUUGAUAAUAAAGAUGAUGACAAGCAUGACCAACGCCUCCUGAGCCAGUUUGGAAUCUGGUUCUUGGUGAGCCUUUGCACUCCCAGUGAGAAUACACCCACAGAGAGUUUAGCAAGGCUGGUUAGCAUGGUAUUCCAGUGGUUUCACUCUACAGCUUACAUGAUGGAUGAUGAAGUUGGUAGCCUGGUUGAAAAGCUCAAACCCCAGUUUCUUACUAAGUGGUUGAAGACUGUUUGUGAUGUCCGGUUUGAUGUCAUGGUUAUGUGUCUCCUUCCUAAACCAAUGGAGUUUGCCAGGGUUGGUGGAUACUGGGACAAGUCGUGUAGUGCUGUGACCCAAUUAAAAGAAGGGCUGAAUCGAAUUCUUUGCUUGAUUCCAUACAAUGUGAUAAACCAGCCAGUGUGGGAAUGUAUCAUGCCAGAAUGGUUGGAAGCUAUAAGGACAGAAGUGCCUGAUAAUCAACUGAAAGAGUUCCGGGAAGUGUUGAGCAAAAUGUUUGACACUGAACUUUGUCCUCUCCCUUUCUCUAUGGAGGAGAUGUUUGGCUUCAUUAGCUGUCGAUUCACGGGCUAUCCAUCCUCUGUGCAAGAGCAAGCAUUGCUUUGGCUGCAUGUGUUAUCUGAACUAGACAUUGUUGUUCCUCUUCAGUUAUUAAUCAGCAUGUUUUCUGAUGGAGUUAAUUCUGUAAAAGAGUUAGCAAAUCAAAGAAAAUCAAGAGUCAGUGAAUUGGCGGGAAAUCUUGCAGCUCGGAGGGUAAGCGUUGCUUCUGACCCUGGGCGCAGAGUUCAGCACAACAUGCUGAGUCCUUUCCCAAGCCCCUUCCAGAGCCCAUUUCGGAGUCCAUUGCGUAGUCCUUUUCACAGCCCUUUCAAGAACUUUGGACACCCCAGUGGAAAAACAAUUGAUUUUGACUGUGAAGAUGAUGAAAUGAAUCUUAAUUGCUUCAUUCUGAUGUUUGAUCUCAUCUUGAAGCAGAUGGAACUCCAGGAUGACGGUGUCACUUUGGGCUUAGAGAACAACAUUUCAAAAGAUAUAAUAUCCAUCAUAAACAAUGUGUUCCAGGCACCCUGGGGUGGUUCUCACACCUGUCAGAAAGAUGAAAAAGCAGUUGAAUGUGGUCUGUGUCAGUCCAGCAUUCUGUGUUACCAGCUGGGUUUUGAGCUGCUGGAACAGCUUGCUCCAAAAGAAGAAAUUAGGCUUGUGGAGCCUACAGAUAACCUCGAGGAUAGUCUUCUGUAUACUAGACCUGAGUUUAUUAUAGGAACUGAAGGAGAAGAGGAAGACAAAUUGGCACCAAAACAUGGAGAAAACCCAGGAAAUCAUACAGAGACCACAGAAAAUGCUGCGAUAAAGAAUGACACAGAAAGAAAAUUUUGUUAUCAGCAACUUCCAGUUACCUUGAAGCUCAUAUACACUAUAUUGCAGGAAAUGUCAAGGUUCGAAGAACCAGACAUUCUUUUUAACAUGCUGAACUGUCUGAAGAUCCUGUGUCUUCAUGGGGAAUGCCUGUAUAUAGCAAGAAAGGACCAUCCACAAUUUCUUGCCUAUAUUCAAGAUCACAUGCUGAUUGCAAGCUUAUGGGGAGUUGUGAAGUCUGAGUUCUCUCAGCUUUCUUCCCUGGCAGUCCCACUUCUUCUUCAUGCACUUUCGCUUCCCCAUGGAGCGGACAUUUUCUGGACAAUCAUAAACAGCAAUUUCAACAGCAAAGAUUGGAAGAUGAGAUUUGAAGCAGUGGAGAAAGUGGCUGUGUUGUGCAGAUUUUUGGAUAUUCACUCUGUUACAAAAAACCACCUGCUGAAGUACUCUUUGGCUCAUGCAUUCUGCUGUUUCCUGACUGCUGUGGAAGAUGUCAACCCAGCAGUAGCUACAAGAGCUGGGCUAUUACUUGACACCAUAAAGAGGCCAGCUUUACAGGGUCUCUGCCUCUGCCUUGAUUUCCAGUUUGACACAGUUGUCAAGGACAGGCCCACAAUUCUUAGUAAGCUUUUGCUACUUCAUUUUCUAAAAGCAGAUAUUCCAGCUUUGAGCUGGGAGUUCUUUGUGAAUCGCUUUGAGACCCUGUCUCUGGAAGCACAGCUUCAUCUGGACUGCAACAAAGAGUUCCCUUUCCCAACAACUAUCACUGCUGUCCGGACAAAUGUCGCCAACCUCAGUGAUGCAGCAAUGUGGAAGAUCAAGAGGGCUCGUUUCGCACGUAAUCGUCAGAAGAGUGUGCGUUCCCUGAGGGACAGUGUGAAGGGACCAGUGGAGUCAAAGAGAGCGCUCUCCCUUCCAGAAACCUUAACCACCAAAAUUCGACAACCCUCCCCAGAGAAUGAUAAUACAAUAAAAGACCUGCUGCCAGAGGAUGCUGGGAUUGAUCACCAGACUGUCCACCAGCUCAUUACUGUGCUAAUGAAGUUCAUGGCAAAGGAUGAGAGCAGUGCCGAGUCGGACAUCAGCAGCGCUAAAGCUUUCAACACAGUCAAGCGCCAUCUGUACGUCCUGCUUGGUUAUGAUAAAAAAAAAGAAGGAUGCUUCAUGAUUGCACCACAAAAAAUGCGUGUUUCGACCUGCUUUAAUGCCUUUAUUGCUGGAAUUGCACAAGUGAUGGACUAUAACAUCAACCUGGGAAAACACCUUCUUCCCUUGGUGGUGCAAGUGUUGAAAUACUGCACUUGUCCUCAGCUGAGGCAUUACUUUCAGCAGCCUCCUCGCUGCUCCCUCUGGUCCCUCAAACCUCACAUUCGGCAGAUGUGGUUAAAGGCUUUGCUUGUCAUUCUCUAUAAGUACCCCUACAGAGACUGUGAAAUCAGCAAGAUUGUACUUCACCUAAUCCACAUCACAGUCAAUACCCUCAAUGCUCAGUAUCACAGCUGCAAGCCGCAUGCAACUGCUGGUCCUUUGUAUAGUGACAACAGUAACAUAAGCCGAUACAGUGAAAAGGAAAAAGGUGAAAUAGAGCUGGCUGAAUAUAGAGAGACGGGGGCCUUACAAGACAGUAUUCUACGCUGUGUGAGAGAAGAAAGCAUUCAGAAAAAAAAACUGCGCUCUCUAAAACAAAAAUCUCUUGAUAUAGGGAAUGCAGACUCCCUGUUGUUUUCAUUAGAUGAACAUCGCAGGAAGUCCUGCAUAGACCGGUGUGACUUAGAAAAACCGCCUGUCCCUGCUGCUUAUGCCGUACACAGGCAGAGUGAUCAUGGGCGAUCCCGGCAGAAUUCUUCUACCAAAGCUGAAAAUAUAGAAACACAAGAAAAUCUUCCUCGUACAGAGAGUUUCCAGGAAACAAGACGACCUGUCAUACCAGAAGUUAGGCUAAACUGCAUGGAAACCUAUGAAGUGAAAGUGGACUCUCCAGUUAAACCUGCUGGUCCCAAGGAAGAUUUAGAUCUGAUAGAUUUGUCCUCUGACUCAACAUCGGGUCCUGAAAAGCAUUCAGUACUCUCCACUUCAGACAGUGACUCUUUAGUCUUUGAACCACUUCCUCCCCUUAGAAUAGUGGAGAGUGAUGAAGAAGAAGAAACAAACCAGCUGAACGAUGAGGUCUCUGGCAAAACUGCUGCAUCAUCUCCCUCAACUCCUAUCAAUAUCUCUGCACUCAGCCUCAGCACAACUCCGCUGGUCCAGUUCAGCAUUGAAGAUUGCUCCAAGGACUUUAGUUCUAAGGAUGCAAGCAACAAUGCUUCAGGCUCUUCAGAGAUAGUUAAUCCAGAAGAACUUCAGGACAUGUCCAGUGGGAACACACUAACACUGAAACAGAAAAGGGACCUGCUGCAGAAGUCAUUUGCCCUUCCUGAACUGUCUGUUGAUGAUAACUCUGAGCUCAGUGUGGAGGAAAUUAGACCUAGUGGAGCAAUUCCGAGCCCAAAUGUAAAGACAGUCCUUAUUAAAGUCCCCGAAGAUUCUGAAAACCAAACAGAAAGUGAUAGACUUGAUACCAACACAGAGUCUGACCCUGAACAAAACACGGAGCAGAAACAAGAAGAGGAGACCGAGGAGUCAGAAUUUAAGAUUCAGAUUGUUCCUCGCCAGAGGAAGCAGAGGAAGAUUGCUGUGAGUGCUAUUCAGAGGGAAUACCUGGACAUUUCCUUUAACAUCCUUGACAAGCUGGGAGAGCAGAAGGAGGCAGAUCCUGCUGCCAAAGGACUUUCAACACUGGAUAUGCCAAGAGAGUCAUCAUCUGCACCGACCCUUGAAGCAGGUGUCCCGGAGACAAGUAGUCACUCUUCCAUAUCAACUCAGUUCAGACAAAUGAAAAGAGGCUCUUUGGGAGCUUUGACAAUGAACCAGCUAAUGAAGAGGCAGCUGGAACACCAGUCUAGUGCUCCCCACAAUAUCAGCACUUGGGAUACUGAGCAGAUACAGCAUGGAAAGCGGCUUUGCAAUGCCCCUGUUUGCCUAAACCCCGACUUGGAGGGACCACCACUAAGAAUCAGAGGUGCCACAAAAUCUAGCUUGCUGUCAGCACCCAGUAUAGUCAGUAUGUUUGUACCUGCACCAGAAGAAUUUGCUGAUGACCAGCCCAUUGUGAUGACUGACAAGUGCCAUGACUGUGGGGCUAUUCUUGAAGAAUAUGAUGAAGAAACACUAGGCCUGGCCAUAGUUGUGCUCUCAACCUUCAUUCACCUUAGUCCGGACUUGGCUGCUCCUCUGCUGUUGGACAUCAUGCAGUCUGUAGGAAGGUUGGCAUCAAGUACCAGUUUUUCUAAUCAAGCAGAAAGUAUGAUGAUCCCUGGAAAUGCUGCAGGUGUGGCCAAGCAGUUCCUCCGUUGUGUGUUCCAUCAGCUGGCUCCCAAUGGCAUCUUCCCUCAGCUCUUCCAGAGCAGUAUUAAAGAUGGAAGUUUUUUACGGACCCUGGCCACGUCUCUUAUGGACUUCAGUGAGCUGAGUUCCAUCGCUGCUCUGAGCCAGCUGUUAGAGGGUUUAAACAACAAAAAGAAUUUGCCAGCAGGGGGUGCCAUGCUACGCUGUUUGGAAAAUAUUGCUACCUUUAUGGAAGCCUUGCCGAUGGAUUCGCCGAGCAACCUCUGGACCACAAUUAGUAAUCAGUUUCAGACCUUCCUUACUAAACUCCCUUGUGUUUUGCCACUUAAGUGUUCUUUAGAUUCUAGUUUAAGAAUCAUGAUUUGCUUGUUGAAGAUACCUACCACUAGUGCCACCAGGAGUCUUUUGGAGCCUUUUUCAAAACUACUAAGCUUUGUAAUUCAGAAUGCCAUCUUCACUCUGGCCUACCUCGUGGAACUGUGUGGAUUGUGCUACCGAGCUUUCACCAAGGAAAGGGACAAAUUCUACUUGACGCGCAGUGUCAUAUUGGAGUUACUGCAGGCACUCAAAUUAAAGUCACCCUUACCAGACAUGAAUCUGCUGCUGUUGGUGCAGUUUGUUUGUGCAGAUGCUGGAACAAAACUAGCUGAGUCAACAAUCUUACAUAAACAGAUGAUUGCCUCUAUGCCUGGAUGUGGAACAGCAGCAAUGGAAUGCAUGAGGCAAUAUGUUGGGGAAGUACUGGAUUUCAUUGCAGAUAUGCAUACCUUAACCAAGUUAAAGAGUCACAUGAAGACUUGUUCUCAGCCACUGCAUGAAGACACGUUUGGUGGACAUCUGAAAGUUGGUUUAGCUCAGAUUGCUGCUAUGGAAAUCACACGGGGAAACCACAGAGACAACAAAGCUGUGAUCCGGUAUUUGCCUUGGCUUUACCAUCCUCCUUCUGCAAUGCAACAAGGGCCCAAAGAGUUCAUAGAAUGUGUCUCACACAUUCGUUUGCUGUCCUGGCUACUUCUGGGGUCUCUGACACACAAUGUUGUCUGUCCAAAUUCUCCAUCAUCUUGCAUGCCUAUUCCACUGGAUGCGGGUUCACAAAUUGCUGACCACCUUAUUGUUAUUCUGAUUGGGUUUCCAGAGCAAUCAAAGACGUCUGUUCUGCACAUGUGUUCCCUCUUCCAUGCAUUUAUAUUUGCUCAGCUCUGGACAGUGUAUUGUGAACAAACAGCAGUAGCUCCGACAGUCCAGAAUCAGAACGAAUUUAGCUUUACAGCGAUCCUUACAGCCCUGGAGUUCUGGAGCCGAGUGACACCUAGCAUCCUUCAGCUAAUGGCACAUAACAAAGUGAUGGUGGAGAUGGUGUGCCUGCAUGUGAUUAGUUUAAUGGAGGCUUUACAGGAAUGCAACUCUACUAUCUUUGUAAAGCUCAUACCAAUGUGGUUGCCAAUGAUACAGUCAAAUCUAAAGCACUUGUCUGCUGGACUCCAGCUACGCCUCCAAGCCAUCCAGAGCAAUGUCAACCAUCACAGCCUAAGGAUGUUGCAGGGGUCAGGACAAAUGAACAAUAGCUCAUCUGUGCUCCGCAAAUGGCUACAGUGUACCCAAUUUAAAAUGGCUCAAGUGGAAAUUCAGUCAUCAGAAGCUGCGUCUCAAUUUUAUCCUUUAUGAUUCAUGUAACUUGUUCCAAAUGUUCAUUUUUAGCCUAGCAAUAACAGAGUUAGAGCUGUAAAAGACCUUUUGUAUAAAUUGGUAUAGAGUAUAUACCAUAUCUAUACUUUUUAGCCUAGGACAGAUUGUGGAGAAGCUUUUAACGGGUGAAGCGAAGAGCCUGAUCCUGCCAGUCUUUAAUUACAGUUAUUUAGGAUCAACAGGUUCUCAAGUCUGCAUUCGUCAACAUAUGUUUGCAGGAUUGGAUUCAAAUCUAUCACGUUGUACAUAUCUCUCUGAUCAUUGAAAUAUCUUGUUCUUAAAUGUUUCUUUACAUUAUUUUUGAAGCUAAGACAAAAAUCACUUUUCUUUAACUUCUAUUUUUUUUAAAAAUAGAAUUGUUGGUAUUCACAAACAUAUGGAAGUGCUAUGUUGCUAUUUUUUGACGAUUACAAAAGAAAACAGGGUUUUUAGGAACCUUUAUAGGAGUUUUUUUGGGGGGUGUCUUUUUUUUUUUUAAAUUCACAGCUGGCAAUGCAAUAAAACCUGUUACUAUAAACCAGUGAUAUUCUAAUGAGGCUUUUUGUCAUCAUCUUCUGGGGAAACAGCAGCUUGUAAGGAGAGUUAUUAUGAAGUGCACUUAGAAAUUAGGUUGUUAAACUGUGCCAAUUCAUUUGUCAUUUUCUUCAGUACUGUUUUCCAAAACUGCCAAGUCUGAUUUAUUAUUUUUUGAAAUAUUGCUUUUACGUCAUUGAUUCUGUGCUGCUCUUUGUAGGUUUCAUAGAAGCCUCUUUAAUUUUGUGACUACUGUAUUGUAUUCUUCUGUCAAUACUUGUAUACAGUGCAAUUAAAAAUGGAUAUCCCAGACCUAUUCUUGUUGAUGUCUACAGAAAUUAUGUUGCAGACUUCAAGAGGAGCAGGGCUGGAUCUGAACUUUUGCAUAAUGAUAUUUACAAAUCACAGCAUUUGCAUACUAUUGUAUUAAACAUGAUGUUUAAUAACAGAUGGCUUUUAAUAUCGUUAAGUGACUCAGCCAAAGCCUAUUGGAAUCUGAGGAGACUCAAUUAAUUCAGUGGAUUUUACAUAAAAUCUCGAGAGCACCAUGAUUUACCACCACUCGUAAUUAAUGCUUAAAUCUGUGCAAUUAACAGUUGUAUUUUAUGUAUUUAUUCCUGUAAUGCAUUGAUUAGAAGAAUAAGAAACACAUAUUUAAGUUGUGUAUUAGAAUGCUAUUAAAUUCCUAGUCUUUAUUGCCA